AUGCGAGGAAAGCGUGUGGCCCCUGUGGACUACAGUGCCUACAUCUCAUCUCAACAAGGCGAGCAGUCCACUUUUUCCCACUACACUGUCUGCAAUCGCACGGUGCCGUAUAUUAUUUGGGAUGCCACGGAGACCUCACCGCUCUUUUCUUCCUUUUCUCGCAAUGGCUACGAUCCACACAUGACCCUGCGGUGGCUGCGGGGAAAGAAUGAGUUUGAUCGCCAACUCGCCUCCAGCCGACAUCACGCCUUUGUCCUGCAGCGAAGAGAAGAAAUGGAAAAAGUCCGGCAAAAACUUUUACACCAACCAGAUGCGGAAACAGUUAUUCGUGCCUCUCUGCUCGCAGAAGAAAAGGGAUCGGAUGUGGAGAGACGUGGAAGUGCAUGGACCCAGUGUGAUACUACACUAACCAAUACAGAUGAUAGUUGUUAUAAUAAUAAUAAUAAUAAUAAUAAUAUCCCCGCAGCAACGCGCAGCAGUGAAGGUAGUCGACUCUUCUCUGGAAGGACAUUUAUGCCAAAUAUUAAAUCAAAUGGAACGACCGGUUCUGUUCGGCCCUAUUCCGCUACUAACACUACUGCUACUACUACAAAAAGAAGAACAGUGUGUAGUAGUGUAAGUAGUGGUGAUUCUAUAUAUACAGUGAGAUCUGCAGUUCCACGGGCGUGUGUGCGGCACUCGUGUUUAGUCGUGCAGGACUCAACCAAACUUCCUGCUACGAUGGGGUUUGUGUCGGAGGUAUGUUUAGAUGCCAAUAAUAAUAAUACUGUUGAUGAUCUUGAUAAUAACAACAACAACAACAACAACAACAAAAGCAACAGCAGCAAUUGCAAGAAGGAGAAAAAGAACAAGAAGAAGCAAAAAGAGAAUAGAAUAAAUAUUGUAGAAUCUCUUCCAUCCUGUGGUUUGACGGAUAAUAUACAUCUCAGUCGAUUUUAUGAUGCGCGACUUAUGCGGGUUUUACGUGAAAGUACUGCCACCUGCUAA